UAAUUAGGACUGGUGUGGACUAGAAGGUAGAAUCCUUUGACAUGAAUUUCAGUGGGAUUCAAUAUUCUGUCCUCAAUGGUCAUCCCUAUAUGAUUACGAAUAUUGUAUUUUUUAUACGUACCAGAGCAUUCUGGCAGACCACAAAAUCGAUGAGAGCCUGAGUCCUGUUCACAAGUGAUCACACAUGCAUUUCCUUCUGUCGGAAUGUUCACCAUUGGCGAGCAAGAAAUCCAUUACAGGCAAGCAAUUAACUUAGCGUUAUUCUGUACACUCAAUCGGUCAUCUCCUUGGAGAUAUGUGGGCAAUAACAAACGCUUAUAGGAGAUAGAAGAUAAUGGAUUGACUAAGCAUUAUCAUUUCAAAAUUGAUUCAGUGCAACACAGGAUACGUGGCCGCGAAUAUGAAAAAUAAAUCUCUGCGAGCUCCUGCCUAAGAAACACCACUAAAAAUACUCUUGAAAAGUUUUUAAAAAUAAGAAAAUGCUUCUUUUGUACAGUUUCAUUUUUUUAUAUAAAUUUCACCAAAUUUUUGGUCAAACCUCGCAAAAUAUCAAUGUUUUGUUUAUCAAUGAAGUGGAUAAUGACGCAGCAACCAAAGCGUUGGAUGUCGCAAUAUCCUUUUUGCGAAAAAAUCCUAGCUAUGGAAUUUCAGUCCAAGUAACAGCGGUAGAAGGAAAUCGGACAGACUCCAAAGGCUUGUUGGAAGCAGUAUGCAACAAAUACACGGAAAUGCUGAACGCAAAUCAACCCCCGCAUGUAGUUUUUGAUACAACAAAAAGUGGUGUUGCAUCCGAAACCGUGAAAUCGUUCACAUCAGCUUUGGGACUCCCCACAGUGAGCGCAUCGUUUGGUCAAGAAGGAGAUUUAAGGCAAUGGCGUGACAUAAACAAAGAUAAACGAAAUUAUCUUCUGCAGGUAAUGCCUCCGGUCGACAUGAUUCCUGAGAUUGUCAGGACCAUAGUCACCCAUAUGAAUAUCACCAAUGCCGCUAUUCUGUAUGACGACACCUUUGUAAUGGACCACAAAUACAAAUCUUUAUUGCAAAAUAUACCAACACGUCAUGUUAUCACGGCGAUAGCGAAGGACGGAGAACGGGAGCAACAAAUCGAGAAGCUCAGAAAUCUUGAUAUCAACAAUUUCUUCAUUUUGGGUACUUUACAGUCAAUAAAACUUGUUUUAGAAUCUGCAAAAAGCGAAUAUUUCAAAAGGAACUUCGCUUGGCAUGCUAUCACCCAGUACAAGGGUGACAUAUCCUGCAAUUGUGAUAAUGCAACAAUCAUGUUUGUGCAACCCAAGGCAGAUGCAAGAAAUCUUGAUCGGCUCGGGUUAUUAAAGACUACCUACAAUCUGAAGGAGGAGCCUGAACUCGUUUCAGCAUUUUAUUUUGAUUUGGCCUUAAGAACUUUUCUGGCCAUCAAGGAAAUGUUUCAAGCAGGCGCGUGGCCUAAAAUGACUUAUUUAAGUUGUGACGAUUACGAUGGUUCAAACACACCCGAACGUGGGAUAGAUUUAAAGUCUUACUUUGUUGGGGUCACCGAACCCACCAGUUAUGGCAACUUCGAGUUAAUAUCGAAUCCGAAUACCCAGUUCAAUGGAAACAGCUACAUGAAAUUUGAAAUGGAACUUAGCUUGGUCUCCAUAAGGGAGUCAGCGUCAGUUAAUACAAGGAUAGUUGCAUACUGGCCAGCUGGAGUAGAUAAUCCACUUAUUGAGCAGGAGCACUUUCUUCUUAAUAAUUUUACAGCGGCUACUGUUUAUAGGGUCUAUACUGUGGUGCAACCUCCAUUCAUUAUGAUAGAUAAAACCGCCCCCAGGGGAUUCAAAGGUUACUGCAUUGAUCUCAUGGAUGCAAUUGCUGAGGCCGGCAACUUCGAUUAUGAGAUCACAGAAGUAGAGGACAAGAAAUUCGGGAACAUGGAUGAAAAGGGUGAAUGGAAUGGGGUAGUGAGGAAACUGAUGGACAAGCAAGCCGACAUCGGGUUGGGGUCGAUGUCGGUGAUGGCUGAGAGGGAAACUGUUAUUGAUUUCACCGUACCCUACUAUGAUUUAGUCGGCAUUACAAUAAUGAUGCAGUUGCCGAGCACUCCAAGUUCCCUGUUCAAGUUUCUCACAGUUUUGGAGACAAAUGUGUGGCUCUGUAUCUUGGCUGCGUAUUUCUUUACCAGCUUUUUAAUGUGGAUUUUUGAUAGAUACAGUCCAUACAGUUACCAGAAUAACCGCGAAAAAUAUAAGGAUGAUGAUGAGAAACGAGAAUUCAACUUGAAAGAGUGUUUGUGGUUCUGUAUGACUUCAUUGACACCUCAGGGCGGUGGAGAAGCUCCGAAAAACUUAUCAGGACGGCUUGUUGCUGCAACGUGGUGGUUAUUCGGAUUCAUUAUUAUCGCGUCCUAUACAGCUAAUUUGGCUGCUUUCUUAACGGUCUCCCGUUUGGAUACUCCAGUCGAAUCCCUUGAUGAUUUGGCAAAACAAUAUAAGAUACUAUACGCUCCUUUGAACGGAUCGUCAGCAAUGACAUAUUUUCAACGCAUGGCUGAUAUCGAGCAAAGGUUUUAUGAGAUUUGGAAGGAUUUGUCUUUGAAUGAUUCACUUACGCCUCUGGAGAGGUCAAAGUUGGCUGUUUGGGACUAUCCAGUUAGUGACAAGUACACAAAAAUGUGGCAAGCUAUGCAAGAAGCGGGUCUCCCGGCUACACUUGAAGAAGCUGUUGAACGUGUACGAAACUCAACAACAGCAACCGGAUUCGCAUUUUUGGGAGACGCUACCGACAUUCGUUAUCUCACAAUGACCAAUUGUGACUUGCAGAUUGUCGGAGAGGAGUUUUCACGUAAACCAUAUGCGAUAGCUGUGCAACAAGGAUCGCCUCUGAAGGAUCAGUUUAAUAGUGCAAUCCUAAUGCUUCUAAACAAACGCGAAUUGGAAAAGCUAAAAGAAAAGUGGUGGAAAAAUGAUGAAGUGAAAUGCGAAAAACCAGAAGAUCAAUCUGACGGCAUUUCGAUCCAAAACAUAGGAGGUGUGUUUAUCGUUAUAUUUGUUGGGAUCGGAUUAGCGUGCAUAACCUUGGUCUUCGAAUACUGGUGGUAUAAAUAUAGAAAAAAUCCACGAAUUAUUGACGUCACCGAGGCAAACAUUGGUGCAUUAAAAAAGGGUGAAAUUUUGGCGGUUGGAAGCAGUGGCGACGGAAUACUGCUAGGACCAUCCGGAAAAGAUUAUGGAAAGCAAAAUGUUACAUUGCGUACUCGAUACAAUCAGCAUCCAACAACUUUCAAAAAUAGAUUCUAAGAUUUGAAAGAAAAACUUUCUACUUUUGAGAUAUCCGGUAGGAAUCUUUGGAACUUCUCGAUACGCACAUUUGAUUAGCACAAAUUUUAAUGGUUUGAUAUGCGCAUGCAGAAAUUAUGGUAUAAUAGUGUGUAGGUGUGAUAUUUUUUCCCUGACGAUUACUUCCCAUUUGAAUUUUCAGAAAUCAUUUAUUCUGGUGUGAAUAAAAAAUAAAAAUUUUAGAAAUGA